GUUAGCGUCUCAUGAAUCAAAUUCUGUAUAAUUAGAAGAUUAAAGAGAAUUUCAGGAGAGAAGCCAUCAUAGCCCUAUUGCUAAUUAAAGACAAUGGUGUCGAGAAGUGAGGCAAUUGUUUGGUCGGCUGUCUUCAUGACAGAGGCUCUGACGAUCGUCGCUGGUAACGUGUUCUCGAUAGUCAAAUUUACUGGAACUGGUAAACUGCACAGGCGCAGUUCAUAUUUGUUGAUAAAUCUGGCAGCAGCGGACACCCUUGUCGGAGCAUGCGCUGUUCCGAUGUUCGUUUACUUCAUUGGGGGACAGGCGCAAUUGUGGCCAGUAAGCUUAGAAACUCCUUUGACCGCCUACAAAGCGGUGGAUGUCAUUUCAGGCCUUGCUUCGAUUUUGUCUCUUACGCUGAUAUCUUUGGAAAGGCUUUGGGCAACGUGGUGGCCGUUACGUCACAGAUUGAUACGAACACGAGAAUACGUGGUGGGAAUUAUGUUCGUGUGGUUUCUUGCUUUUGCCAUCAUAGCCAUUGAAUUACUCACUCGCCACAUCCCUUUAAGAUUUAUCUUUUAUAGUUCUGUUGUUAUCCUCUCUAUUUGUUGUGUGAUAGUUUUCGUUACAAACUUAGUGAUCUGGAUUCAGGUUGGAAAUCGGAAGAUAUCAUCUCACUUUCGUAACGCAACUUUACAAGAGCGAAGACUGACUAUUACUUUACUUAUCGUCACGCUUAUAUCUCUGUGUGCUUGGCUCCCAUUUACGAUUUUAAAUAUUGUAAAUCAGCUUCAACCUGUUUCGGUGAGCUUGUCGCUAAUUUAUCUCACAAAGCUUUUGCAUUAUGGGAACUCGUGCGCCAAUGUUUUCGUGUAUUCGCUGAGGAUCGCCGAGUUUAAGAGGGCUUUUACGAAGAUGUUGUGUCGCGAUCAGUCUUUUAUCAGCGAGAAAGCUGUACUGCUUCGUGCUCAGGUGGCACGUUUGUCAAAAGAUACCACAGCUCUUGAGAUGGGAAUUUUGAAAUCCAAUCGUUUGAAAUCCAAGGUAAAGAAUUUAAAGGGCAGUCUCAUUGCGUCAUGAUCUGCAGUUGAUAAUAGGACAUGUUUAUUGAAGGCAGGUAUGGGAUCAGCCAACCCUAUUUUUAAUUCAGAAAAAGCUCUCCCUAUCCACAUCCAACCUUCGAAAUAAAUAAGAUAGGGUUACAGAGCCCCCUUGAAUUUUCGUUGUAGGUAAAAGUGUUUGAAAAAUGGGAAAAACUUAAGUAUUGAGUGUAUUUGGUCAUUAGUGGAUCAAUGAUAGCACAUGAUGUAGAUUUAAUUUAUUUUCACGCCAAAUGGCUUUUCAAUUUCUAAUUAAGGUUGGGAAAUUGAUGAAGUAAAUAGUAUCUAAAGCAUAAUUCUUACAGAAGACCAUCAUCACCAUAGCUAUUGGCACAUAAUUUGUGUCCUUCGACUUACCUUGAGGAAUUGAGGAAUUUCUUCCCUGUCUGUCCCAUACUCUCUCCGCCCCCUAAAAUGUUUUGAAAAUUAAAAAAUUAAACUCCCUAAUGCUAAAAUGCUUUCAAAACAUUUUUCUGUAGUGUCUGGCCCUGGUUUUAUAUAGUUACUUGCAGUGUCAUGGUGGAUUUUUUUGAC